AGCUGCGCGGGACGGAGGCUGCGUGCCUGGCCGCCAGCCCUCCUGCUCCGGAAUCCUGCUGAGUGAGCCAGGCUGGGGCUGGGCGGCCCUACCGUUCCGGCCCAACUUGGGUGUGAGGAAGCCGAAAGCGGCCUCUGCGAGAAAUCCAGUGGGCUCCGGGCUUCCAGCAACCCCGUGGCGACCCCGAUUUCUGUUUGCAAGCACAGCCUGAGAGCGAGAUCCUAAGGUUGGAUAUCUUUUGUUCCUGCUGCUAGCCCGGGCUUUAGACUCUUGAUGAAUAUCAAGGCCGUUGUAAAUAGACCACCCCGGGCUCAUCCCCGCGCGGCCCAAACACUAAGUCCAGGACGGGCAUCUGCAACUCCGUGCCCAGGGUCCCUAUGGGGCUCUACUGACAACAGAACAACUUUGGUUUCUGACCGGAUGUUUUGGCGGGGAGAUGAGAGGCCCUCCCCAAACUUGUGGUAGUGUGGGAAGAUGAGAGGCAUUUGGGAAGGAUAAGGUGGUACCUCGCUGGGUCUGAAGGCUCCUUAUCAAAAGGAAAACAAUUUUCCCGUUGAUAUUUUCAUAUUCGUCAUAGCGAUAGUGGUUGGGUAUAGAGCAGUGUCGUAGGUCGGCCUAGCUGGACAGAAGACGCGUGUGUGUGAGAUCCGUGAGUUUCCCAGAGACUUGUCCAGAAAGCCUGUGUAAAGUGAGAGCGGGCGGCAGUUAAAAAUCAGGUGCUUACAGAGACCUUAUAAUUAAUAGAAGACCCUGUUGGGUGGGCGGAUCCCGGCGGGACUUUAAAGAUACAAGAAAACACGUGUGGCCUGGAUGUGACAUGUAGAGAAUCCAGCUCCUCAAGGGCCGGAGGCGGGCAGACCAAGAGCUCUGGGCUGAGGCUCGGGGAUGGUCCCUGAUAGCGGCCGGUGGGUCUUUGGGUAUCGUUAUGUCCCCCUAGAUUGCGGGCCGCGGUGCACAGGCCCGAGCGGGCGCCACGCCAUGGCCGACCAACAGGCGGGACCGACUGCCGGGGACUGGGAGAUCGACGUGGAGAGCCUGGAGCUGGAGGACGACGGCUGCGGGGAGCGGCGGCCAAUGCCGCCUGGGCCCAGCCCUCCGCAGGCCGACGGGGGAGGCGAGGAGGAGGAGGACGACGACGACGACGAAGAAGAUGCGGAGGAGGAGGGCGACGGCGAAGAGGCAGGCGCCUCCCCGGGGGCGCGGAGCGAGCCCGAGCACCACGGGGAGCUGCGGCCGAGGCAGACCCCGGCGCCGCAGCCCGCACCGGCAGCUGCCGGGUUUCCAGAGCGCGGCGCCAGCACCGGAGGCAGCGCGGAGCCGCGCAAGCUGAGCCGCACGCCCAAGUGCGCGCGCUGCCGCAACCACGGCGUGGUGUCUUGCCUCAAGGGCCACAAGCGCUUUUGCCGCUGGCGCGACUGUCAGUGCGCCAACUGUCUGCUGGUGGUGGAGCGGCAGCGCGUGAUGGCCGCCCAGGUGGCGCUCCGGAGGCAGCAGGCCACCGAGGACAAGAAGGGGCUUUCCGGCAAACAGAAUAAUUUCGAGCGCAAAGCCGUGUACCAGAGACAGGUUAGGGCACCCAGUUUGCUGGCCAAAAGCAUUUUAGAAGGCUACCGCCCCAUUCCAGCAGAGACUUACCUGGGAGGGACCUCGCCUCUACCUCCCCCAGUAAGUGACAGGAUGAGGAAAAGACGGGCCUUUGCUGAUAAAGAGUUGGAAAACAUUAUGUUGGAGAGAGAAUUUAAAGAGAGGGAGAUGUUGGAAGCUUCCCAAGCUGCUGCCGUGUUCCUGCCCAACCGCAUGGUGCAUGGACCUGAAUACAACUCCUACAAAAGGGCUUACAGCCCAGCCCCAGUGGAACCGCCCAGCAAGGACUUCUGCAAUUUUUUUGCCCGCGUGCCUUGAUCUAACAUGCAGUAUUCAGGGUCUGGGAAUAUGGAACUAAUUUCUUCCAAUGUCAGUGUGGCCACAACUUACAGACAGUAUCCUUUGUCCUCGAGAUUUUUAGUUUGGCCCAAGUGUGGCGCCAUCAGUGAUACCCUCCUCUACCAGCAGUGCCUGCUCAAUGCCACCACCUCAGUUCAAGCCCUGAAACCUGGAGCUGGCUGGGAUGUGAAGGGAGCACGAAUCCAGGAUGGACUCAGUGCAGACCAUGAUGUGAUGGCCCCAAAAUGGGAGGGCUCCCUGUUGCUGCCCCACACUUCUGAGGUCCAGGCCUUGAGAAAUGACCUUCAAGGUCACCAGGCAGUCCCCGAGCGGUCCGCAUUCUCCCCACCCCGACGUGAUUUCUCUCCGAUGGUUGACACGGAUUCCCUGGCACCUCAAGGGCACGUCUUAACCAAGAUCAGCAAAGAAAGCACCAGGCACCCUCUGCCACUUAAACAUAAUCCAUUCCAUUCAUUAUUCCAGCAAACACUUAGUGACAAAUCAGGUUCUGAGCUGAAAACAUCAUUUGUCAAAGAGGCCUUUGAAGAGGCCCCUAAGAAACACAGGGAAUGUUUAGUCAAGGAGAACCAGAAGUACACAUUUACAAUAGAUAGAUGCGCAAAAGACCUUUUUGUAGCCAAACAUGUUGGAACAAAACUCUCAGUGAAUGAACCGCUGUCGUUUUCUGUGGAGUCUAUUCUUAAGAGGCCUUCAUCUGCCAUCACUCAUGUCUCUCAGUGAAAGACUGCUAAAUGAGAAGCUGGAUUUUCUGCAGCCUGGGAGGGUUCUUGCCAUUCCUAAUUCUUUUUUUUUUUUUUUUUUUUUAAAGUUAAGAUGUUUGUAUAAAGAAAUUUCUAAUGUAAAUGAUGGUGAUUGAAAAAAUUCUAUAUAUUCCUAUCCAUGUAGUUUUCCCCAUCAUGCCUAUAUAUUUAAGCUUAAGGAUGGAAUUGUUUAUGUGCAAAGUGAAGUUCCAUGCUUUAUACAGCAUUUCAUAAAGCUUCUAAAAGACCCAGUAUUUGCUGAAGUAAAUAGUUGUCUUUGUCUUGAUGAAAA